AUGUUUCUUCUGAUUGUUUCUUUUUUUCCAAACGUGCAGGCCAAGCUGCGAGCCGCUUUGGAGAAUGCUUUGGCCGAGCUAGACAAGGACGACGAGAGGGAAGCCAAAAGAAGGAAGACAGCCAAGACAGUAGAGGUAGUUGACUUGAUCACGGAAGAACCACAGGCAGUGGUUUGCAGGCAGAGCAGCCAAGACAGCCUAGACAGCAGCCAGACAGCUAGAGGAGUGAAGAGGCAGGCUAGCUUUCACACACCUUCGCCGAAGAAGCGUCUGUUCAGUCCUGACAGCAAGGGUAGAGACAGCCAGAGCCCAGGCAGCCAGAGCCCGGGCAGCCAGAGCCCAAGCAGCCAGAGCCCAGACAGCAACCCUGUGCAAAAGAGAAAGAUAGAACAGCUCAAAAAGACCUUAGGCCAAGGCAGUCCAGUCUACUACAGGCUAGACUACCUUUGGGGCAAGGCAGCAGAGGCAGAGGCUAAGCCCGGCCUUUCGCCAGACACAGCUAGUGACAGACAGAAACAGCAGCAAGCGGAGAACCUGCAAAACCUGCAGCAGAAAGCCAGCCAAGCAGAGGAAAAGCUCGGACUGGAGCCAGCUGUUGGAGUUCUUACAAAGAGACAGGGAGGCAGACCGCUAGGCAGUAAGCAGAAGACGAAACGGGUGCCGCAUCUUCGCAAGAAGCGACGUGAUGUGACAGCCAGAACCAAGUUUUCCAUGAUGGAAGACUUAGACAGAGCAGCCGUAGAGCAGAAAAGUCGCCGUGCAGCCAGGCAGCAUGUCAUGAGGCUGUAUGGCGUGAGCGAGUCUUUUUGCUUCAACCUGCAAAAAGACUAUCACAGAAAGAAAGUCAGAAACUUUCUCGCCAGCACGGGGCGAGGACAGAGUGCCAGACAGGCAGGCAGCCAUUUGGGUCUCGUGCACCUCGUCAGCAAGUCAACAGGCAGGAGACUGCCUGACCCAGGCAAAGCGCUGGGUAGGCCAGACUUUCUCCAGCCAGUCUGGUCUGAGACCCGUGCUUGGGCCUUGACUGAGGAAGCCAUCCAGCACGUCCUGACGAGCACAGACGUGCUGAUGGACUUCGAAGAGAGGCUCGACAAAGCCAUUGCAGUCAGGCAGGCAGAACAGGAAAAGGGUCUUCUUGACCAGACAGGUGAGAAGGAGCUGGCAGCCAUGGUGCAAAAGAAAGCCUCGCUAGCCAGCAAGCCAAAGCAGAGGAGCAAGUACCAGAUCCAGCUCCUCGCAAAGCUGGCAUGUGCUGCUCGAGCCCCAGGUGUGGCAGCAAGGUGGCGAAUCAGCUUGGUAGCUAGACAGGCAGUGCAGAACUUCUUUGCGCCAGACAGACAGCCAGUCGGUGUCGUUAUGCCCACGAUACUCGUCACAUACGGCAAACACUGCAGACUUGAAAACAUCAGCCAGGAAGGCACGUGGAUCAAGUCCGAGUGCUUCCAGGUAGGCAGCAAGACAGUCAGGAGAAGGGCAGGCCAGCGAGUGCUAGGACAGGUCAUGCGCACUUGGCGCAAGCUGCGAGCCACCCAGCCACACCUGUUUGCUGAUGGCAGUGUCAGGGUGUGGUGCCAGCCAGCCGCAGUGGUAGACAGCGUCAUUUACAGAUGGCAGCUAGAGCUCGAGUCAGAAGAGCACAGCCAGGCAGUGCAGCUCGUCGAUAUGUUCGGCGGAGCAUGGACGACGGAGUCCAUGCACGCCGCUGCACUCCUGCAGCGAGCUCAGACAGGCAUUGCAGCCGGGUGCACCGGCUUGAGCCAGGUGACAGACAUCGGGUUCGCCCAGCCAGCCAAGGCAGCUCUCCGGAGGUGGCAGGAAGACCUGAAGCAGCGCAUGAGAGAGAAAGCCAGACAGCAAAAGGUGCAUUGCACCUAUAAGACAGGCCCGGCAGACAUUCUGGAGGCAGCUAGACAGAUGCACGCCAGGAUGGUGCAGUUGAAUGAGACAGAGAAGACAGUCGUUCGCUGCAUGCGGCAGGGAGACUGGUUCCACUUCCGUCCAGACAGUGAAGGCAGGCUUCAGGACUGUGGCAGCCAGAAAUGGUGUCUGGACUUCCCUGAAGGCAAUGCCAAGCUAGGCGGCGACCACCUCAGAGACAGGUCUCGUUGGGUGGACAAGACAGGCAAGGUGCUUCCGUGGACAGAGGCAGACAGCAAGACAUUUGAUGAAUCCAAGGCAUUCGAACCCGAGGCUACGUACCUGCUUGGCCAGACAGGCAUACACUUGAGCUUCCGAGCGAAGCCCAAUCUCCUUGCUCAGUCAGAAAGAGAGCUCAGAGAGGUCAUUCUGAGACAGGUCCACCCGAACCAGAGGAGACGGCUUUUCCAGGAACAGGUGGACCAGACAACAAGCCAGACAAAGACUGAGAAGCAGCAGAAAAAGGAAAAAAGGCUCAAGAACGCGAAGCAAGACAGAAAAAGGCGCAAACUCUUGAAAGAAUGGAGACAGCAGCAAGCCAACAAGACAAAGAAGCAGGCUCUGCUGUCUGUCGUGCCCAAAGUGGGCCAGAAAAAGGCCAAGAAGAAGGCCUCCAAAGGCGACAAGAAGCCCAGCGAGCCAGGCAGCGAGGGACACUUGCAUGGCAAGCAAGCUCGAGUGAUCGGUGACCUGGCUCCGCAGACGCUGCUGGGCAAGAUCGUGGUGUGUGGAAAGCAGACAGACAGCCAAGUCCUGAUCAAUGCUGAUGGAUUUCAUGAAUGGGUCAGCCACACAGACAUUACGCUGGACGUCAGAGACAGACAGUUUCCGCUGGUUUUGGAUUUUGAGUCUUUCCCCAAUGCUGCAGCCAGUGCUUCAACGAGGAUGUCUCACGCCACGUCAGCCAGGCAGACAGCCUGCUAG